AUGCUUGUCUCUACGCGGUGUCCUCACUGGAGGACGCUCAAACUCCCGCACCAUAUUCCCCGACCGUCAUCCUCCGUCGCAUCUCGCAAUUAUUCUACAGCCGCAUCGUCAACCCCAAAAAGGCGGGUAUGGGUUCGCUUAACAGCGGUCACGUUGACAGCUGCCGCAAUUGGAGCCUACCUCAGAUCACGACAGGACACCUUGGACGCCAAUUUGAAUCCGUUGACAUUUGCGCGGUACAAAUUGGUGUCGAGAGAACAAGUCUCGUCAACAAAUAGUAUAUUCACACUCGAGCCAGCGGCGUCGGCAGACAAUCACGAGACAUACGAAAUAGCAUGGCAGACGGGAGUAUGGAGCGUGAUGUUCAAACAACCACAACUGCAAAUUGGGCGAGACUACACACCGCUUCCACCGGUUGACGAUGCGAACGAAGAUGCGAAAGAAUCGUUGCGAUUCCUGAUUCGUCGGGAUCCGCAUGGAGAGGUGUCUCGGUAUUUACACACUCUACAACGAGGCGCCAGUAUUGAAAUGAGAGGCCCGCAAAUAGAGUGCGAGAUUGACCCGGAAGUGAACGAUAUAUUAUUUAUAGCCGGUGGAACGGGAAUCGCUCCCGCCUUGCAGGCUGCCUAUAUUAUAUUCAGACGUGCUGUGGAUGGAAGAAGGCCUAAGAUCCACAUUUUGUGGGCUAACAGGAAACGAGAAGAUUGCGCAGGGGGUGUCAGCGACACGGCCAAUAUAUCACGACAAAAGUCAACAUGGUGGUGGCCAAUUCAGAAGGAAAUCACCAGGCCUAACAGCGCCCUUGAAACCAGCCCGGCGCAAAUCAGUCAAAAUGCUAUAGUUCGUGAGCUACAGGACCUCAAAGUUCGCUAUCCUGGUCAAAUUUCUGUUGACUACUUUGUUGACGAGGAACACACAUUCAUCAGCACUAAAGAGAUCAAGGCAUACAUUGACUCUAUACAGCCUUCUCCUAACACGAAGAAAAUGAUUAUCAUUUCUGGUCCCGAAGGAUUCAUCAAUUACAUGGCUGGUCCAAAAGUGUGGGCGCAUGGGUAUGAGCUUCAAGGGCCUGUUAAAGGACUUAUCCAGCAGGUUGGCGUCCAAGACUGGGAGAUUUGGAAGUUGCGCGUGACGCUCCACCAGCGCUCACUACGCACUGCCAUCCGAUCCUUCGCCUCGUCUCGAUCCUCCCUCUCCCAAGAUGUUUUCCACACGCAAUUGAACAACCCCGAGGUCUCGGCCAUCUUAUCGUCGAUGCAAUCUAAUGCAACUGUUCCGCAGACCCUGACCGAGAAAAUCGUACAAAAGUAUGCCGUCGGAUUGGCAGCCGGAAAAUUUGUCAAGGCUGGCGAUUAUGUGACCAUCAGCCCUCAUCGUUGCAUGACUCACGACAAUUCGUGGCCCGUGGCGCUAAAGUUCAUGUCUAUCGGUGCCUCUAAGCUACACGACCCAAAUCAGAUUGUCAUGACCUUGGAUCACGAUGUGCAAAACAAGACCGACAAGAACCUGCAAAAGUACCGACAAAUCGAAGAAUUUGCCCAACACCAUGGAGUUGAGUUCUAUCCUGCCGGAAGAGGUAUUGGACAUCAAAUCAUGGUUGAGGAAGGUUUCGCAUGGCCGGGAACUCUGGUUGUUGCGUCUGAUAGUCAUAGUAAUAUGUAUGGUGGUGUUGGGUGCUUGGGAACGCCUAUUGUGCGUACCGACGGAGCUAGUAUCUGGGCGACUGGAAAGACGUGGUGGCAGGUUCCUAAUAUUGCACGAGUGCACUUCACCGGAGUUCUACCUGCCGGAGUUACUGGAAAAGAUGUAAUCGUCGCUCUAUGCCACUUAUUCGGCAAAGACGACGUUCUCAACCACGCGAUUGAAUUCACCGGCUCUGAAGAGACAAUGCGCAGUCUCCGGGUUGAUGACCGCCUCACGAUUGCAAACAUGACUACAGAAUGGGGUGCUCUGUCCGGCUUAUUCCCUAUCGACGACGUACUAAAAGGCUGGCUACGAGGCAAAGCUACUACAGCAGCCAUGGGGCUAGCUGACGGACCCUACAAAACCCAUGCUGCACAACGAUUCACACACGACCGGUUAGAAGAGCUGUUUAGCAACGCAUUGACCGCGGAUAGGGGUGCGAAAUACGCCAAGGAACUGUUUUUGGAUCUGUCUUCUCUGUCGCCCUACGUGUCCGGCCCCAACUCGGUCAAAGUCGCCACUCCGAUUGGCGAAUUAGAGGCUCAGAAUAUUAAGGUUAAUAAGGCGUAUCUUGUUUCAUGCACCAACUCACGUGCAUCUGACAUUGCCGCUGCUGCACGCGUGUUCAGAGAAGCUGCUGAAGCUAAUGGGGGUAAAGUGCCCAAGAUCGCAGACGGAGUCAAGUUCUAUAUUGCUGCCGCGUCUUUGCCUGAACAGCAAGUGGCGGAAGAUGCUGGUGACUGGCAGGUCCUACUAGAUGCUGGAGCCGAGGCUCUCCCCGCUGGUUGUGGACCCUGCAUUGGGUUAGGAACGGGUCUUUUGGAGCCUGGUGAAGUUGGUAUUAGCGCUUCCAACCGUAACUUUAAAGGCCGUAUGGGUAGUACUGAUGCGAAGGCCUACCUUGGCAGCCCCGAAGUGGUAGCUGCCAGCGCCUUGUCUGGUCUUCUCAAGGGACCUGGUUGGUAUCAGCAACCAGAGGGAUGGACUGGGGUGAUCCGGGGUGAGGGAGAUGGUAUCAAGGAGGAAGACCGCAUGCUCACUGCCGAAGAGGCAUUGGAGAAGGUCAUUGGACAACUCGAUAACCUCAUUGCGGACGGCGAAGAGAAAUUUGGAUUGUCCGAGCAAAAGACAGAGCCGGAAGAAAAGGACGCUGGAUCUCUGACAGAAUUGUACCCGGGCUUCCCAGAACGUAUAUCGGGCGAAAUCGUGUUCUGUGACGCAGACAACAUCAACACCGAUGGCAUUUACCCCGGCAAAUACACUUACCAAGACAAUGUGCCCGUCGAAACCAUGGCGCAAGUGUGCAUGUCCAAUUACGACCCGUCAUUUGCUGGCGUUGUCAAGGAAGGCGAUAUCCUCGUAUCCGGCUUCAAUUUCGGCUGCGGCAGUUCGCGUGAACAAGCCGCAACCGCGAUUUUGGCCAAGAAGAUCCCGCUGGUCGUGUCUGGUAGUUUUGGAAACAUCUUUUCGCGCAACAGUAUUAAUAAUGCGCUUAUGGGAUUGGAGGUGCCUAGACUCGUGGAGCGGUUGCGGGAGAGUUUUGGCGAUGGAAAGACGCUUACGCGCCGAACGGGCUGGACACUGACCUGGGACGUGCGCCGUAGUCAGAUCGAGGUCACGGAACACGAUGGCACGACAUGGACGCAUCGGGUGGGCGAGCUGCCUCCUAAUGUGCAGGAGAUUAUAGCCAAGGGGGGUUUGGAGAAUUGGGUCAAGAACGCGAUUGGUGUGUAA